AAUCAUACAUUAAGAGGGAAGUCCAGGAGCAGAGCACUCUGUCCCUCCUGGAGAGGGUCAUGUUGGGAGAUAUGUUACUGUGAACUUGAAGUCCCUGAUUUCUCCAGCAGCACCCCUGCUCCAUCAUCAGUGUGCGACAGGACGUGAGCGGAGGAGCCGCCCGUCACACCGGCGCACGCGUCGCGUAAUACCCAGUGCAGGAGACGCGGCCGGUGCUGGGUUGAGAGCGGCGUGAUCAGUAGCUGGCUCCGGCUGCGUGUGAGGCUUGGCAGCGCUCCCCCGCCUCCUCCUACCGCUGCGCGUUCUUUGUGCAAACGAGCAGACUCUCCGUGCCUAGGAAAAGGCGUCGUGGAGCCGGCAUGUGGUGUAGGAUUAGUAGUGACACGGCAGCCUGAGUGUGUGGCUAUACAUUCGUGCUUUGUGUAAUAUCACCCGGGCUAGCAUUGGAAGUGUUUCACGUGUAACAAAAACAGGAUGACCCUAAACAUCCAUGGAAUAAAAAGUACGUUCCCUACACCGGCGUAUUCCCAUGUUGGCCGCGGGGAGUUCACUGAUGUGUAUGACCCAGCCGAGGACACAUUUCUUCUAAUUGACGCCUUAGAAAUGGAGGCUGAUUCGCUGAAAGCUAGGGUCGAUAUCUGCCUUGAAAUAGGCUGUGGGUCUGGUGUUAUAUCCGCCUUUGUAGCAUCUAUUAUUGGACCAAGAGCUUGGUAUCUAUGUACAGAUAUAAAUCCAUCAGCAGCAGCAUGUGCCCUGGAGACAGCACAGAUCAACAGACUGCGCAUUGACCCAGUUAUUACUGACUUGGCCAAUGGAUUGUUACCAAGAUUGCAGGGGCAAAUUGAUCUUCUUCUGUUUAACCCCCCUUAUGUGGUGACCCCUCCGGAAGAGGUAGGCUGUAUUGGAAUACAGGCAGCCUGGGCUGGAGGUAAAAAUGGCCGAGAAGUUAUGGACAGGUUUUUUCCUCUGGUUCCCAAACUUCUUUCUCAAAAAGGCUAUUUCUAUUUACUUGUUCUAAAAGAGAACAACCCAGAUGAGAUUGCGGAGAAAAUGAAGUCAUAUGGAUUAGAAGGGUGCAAACUGCUUUCUAGACAAGCCGGAAUAGAAUAUCUGACCAUUUUAAAAUUUUGGAAAACUGGCUGAUUUUUUUAAAAUGUAUUAUUUAUUAUCAACGGAACUGCGUAUCCUCAAUGAGGAAUAUAUAAUAGAACAAGCACCGACUAUAUACCCAUGGUAGACAUUUUGCAGCUGGACCAGUGAUCUGGAGAAUACAGUUUCAUUAAGUCAGUGGAAGCUAGUGACCUCACAUGGAUCUAACAUCUUCGUAGUAAAUUGAUUGCUUUUGCCAUGCUUGAUUUGGUUAUGUGCGUGAAAUACAUAUCUGUGAUGGGCACAUUUGGGGGAGAAAGUACUUUGCAAGGUCAUAAAAUGGACCUUAGGUUUCCGUUUUUUCAUGUGUGAACAUAUGUAUUAUAAAUGAACAAAUGUGCAACAGUUGGAUAUAUUUCGGAAAUAAAAAUAAUAUUUUUAGACUUA